AACGCGAUCGCUGUUAAGUAGACCUGUUGUGGAGCGGGAGCGAUAUAUUGUAAUAUAACACGCGAUUACAAUAAAAGUACACUGUGAAAAGUAUGUUUUAGUGCCUUUCUACACUUUAAAUCGGAUUAUUAUUCUCGUGUUAUAAACAUUGUGCAUAGUGAAAGUGUAAAAUUAACCUAAACAAAAUGAGUGCCAAAAGAGUGAUUGAAUCAACGAAGGUUCCCGUGCAGGAGAGCGCAGAUUCUGGUUAUUUGUCUGGUCCAAUUAGCGGAGGAUUGGAUUCAGAGGCCUUGUCAGGUCCUAUUUCUGAAGAACUCAGUCGUCCCGAAGAUGUGUCGAGUCCCCAGUCGUCGAGACUGUUGAGUUCAGACAAAACGGAAAUGGAUUCUGGUGUUUUGACGGAGGGGCCUUGUGAAGAUUUUAGCAGCACGGAGUUAGAGGAUAAAGUUGUGGAACUACAGGCGGAAAUGAAAAAAUGCGACAUUGAUGGUCCACCUGAAGUCAACGUUAGCCCUGCCUCGAUACCAGAACACUUGCAGAUACCCCUUGCUAACAUUUUCCAGCAGGAUGCGGAUGGUGACAAUGUAUUGCACAUCACAGCUGUUCACGGCUGCAAAGUGAGAACAGCACUCCUUAUCAGGCUGUGCCCUCACCCAUCAUGGCUCGACAUCACAAAUGACUAUGGCCACACAGCGCUACACCUAGCCAUCAUGAGUGGACAUGCCAUAAUCGCCAGAAUGCUCGUCAAAGCGGGUGCUUCCUUCGCCAUCAGAGAUCACAUGGGGGAGACUCCACUACACACGGCAGUGAAAGCUGGCAAGCGAGACUGCUUACUGGCGCUCUUAGACCCUGUGCCCAACCGCAAAGAUCAGAAGGCUGUAUUGAACCAAAAAAAUUAUCAUGGCCAAGCUUGCGUGCACAUCGCAGCCAAAAAGGGAGAUAUAGAAAUGCUGCACACCCUCGUCCUCUACGGUGCCGACAUCAACGCCAAGGACGGCAGCUCAGGCUGGACGCCCCUGCACUACGCGGCGCGCGCCGGCAACCACUCCGUGUCGCAGUACCUGCUCGAGCGCUGUCCCAAAGUGUGGAAGUACGUCUCCGACUACGCCGGACGCACGCCCAUGCGUCUGUCGCGUCGCACCGGCGUACAUAACUACUUCAUUAACACGUACAAGCAUGAUGAUGACGAGGACUACACGAGUGAUGAGGACGAUGGUGACGACUUCUUGGAGAUGCACAAGUCGCAGCCGGUGGCGGUAUGACGUCAUUAAGUAAACAACAUUGAACGCGACCGAGCACUUACGUUAUUGUUACGUUAGACUGAAGGGGUGGCCCGUUCACGACAACGCCCAAGCGUGCAAUCUAAACGUUCGUUAAUUGUGUUUCCACUUGAAGGAUACUCUUAUUGAAGCCCGAAGACUGUUUUCUUAUCAAUCUAUGCCGAGUAUUGAGGCUCUAGAUUUAAUGCUCAGCUAUCCCGAG